UGGAAGAACGAAGCAUGUAAGAAUGACAUGGAAGUGGUUGGAACCAGCUCAAGCGUUGGUCUACGUCUUGGACAGGUUCUGUUUUCUUCUGCUUCGCUUCUUUUCAUGUGCUUCAACGAUGACGACGAUUUCUACGCUUACACUGCCUUCUGUUAUUUAGUUACAGUGAUGGGUUUAGUGACACCAUGGAGCGUUACGUUAGCCCUGAUUGAAGCUUAUUCCAUCAUCGUUCAGAGACUUCCUCUGCAGGCAACAGUUUUAUCUGUCAUCGUCUCUGGAGACUUUGUAAGUUUUGUCGUUUUGUCACUGGGAGGUGCAUGCUCAACGGCGAGUGUGACCGUAAUUUUGAUCGGCGCUGGAGAGAAGCAUUGUGCGUACAAGUUAUCGGCGACAAUGGCUCUCUUGUCUUCGUUUCUUUCAUUUGCUUCCACUUUCUUUAACUUUCGUCUUCUUCCUUCUCUAUUUUCUCAUUAG